GACCUUGCCGUUACGUUGCAUCUUGAGAAUGAUGCUACAUUCCAGGAUGCAUUCCAUGUCUCUGAAUGCCUCGAAUAAGUGUAAACAUUUUUGCUAUAUCUUUCUCUCUCCUGCUCCUCAGGGUGAUACUCGGGGUCAGAUGGUUUCAGAACGUCUUGGUCUUGGCCAAAAUCUGGACCUCUCGGACACCAUGGUCCAACAAAAGCUGGAUGAGAUCAAGGACCAGAUAAAACGAGAGAUCCGCAAAGAGCUGAAGAUCAAAGAAGGAGCUGAGAACUUGAAGAAGGUGACCACAGAUAAGAAGAGUCUGGCUUAUGUGGACAACAUGCUUAAAAAGUCCAACAAGAAGGUGGAGGAACUGCACCAGGAGCUUCAGGAACUGAAUGCGCACAUAGUGGUGAAGGACCCAGAGGAGGUUGUAGAGUACCCGCUAACCCCAGACACCCCCAAGAGUGAAGCUCGGACAUCCACCAACAGUAGCAGACUGGCCGCUCUGAAGAAACAGGCCGACAUCGAGCUCAAAGUGAAACAGGGAGCGGAAAAUAUGAUUCAGAUGUAUUCCAACGGCUCUUCCAAGGACCGCAAACUGCUCGCUGCAGCUCAACAGAUGCUUCAAGACAGCAAGACAAAGAUAGAGUUCAUUCGAAUGCAGAUUCUCAAAGCCAGCCAGACCAGCGAGAUGAACUAUGAGAACAAUGACUUGACUUCAAGCAAGCCUAUAAUCAGUCCUCUGGACCUGAGGAUAGAAGAGCUCCGACAUCACUUCCGGAUAGAGUCUGCUGUGGCAGAAGGUGCCAAGAAUGUGAUGAAACUGCUGGGAACAGGGAAAGUGACGGAGAAGAAAGCUCAUUCAGAGGCUCAAGCCCGCUUGAAUGAGUCCAGUCAGAAGCUAGACCUUCUGAAGUUCUCUCUGGAGCAGAGACUCAGUGAGCUGCCCAAAAAUCACCCGAAGAGCAACCUGAUUAUGGAGGAGUUAGCAAUGGUGUCUUCCCCACCUCUCAGUCCCCGCCAUAGCAUCAUGUCCACCAGCAACAAGUACAGCACUGUGGCCAAACCUGCUGCUCUGACCGGCACAUUAGACGUAAGGCUCAUGGGCUGUCAGGACCUCCUGGAGAACAUCCCAGGUCGCUCUAAGACAGCAUCUGUUUCUCUGCCUGGCUGGAGCCCCAGUGAGGCACGCUCCUCAUUUAUGAGCCGAGGAAACAAGAACAAAUCUGGCAGCAGCCGAACCCUCUCCAAGUCCGAUGAUCUGUCCAAUGAAAUCAGUGCCGUUCUGAAGCUGGACAACACAGUUGUGGGACAGACCCAUUGGAAGCCAGUUAGCAACCAGUCUUGGGACCAGAAGUUCACGCUGGAACUUGACAGGGUAAUGUGUGUGUGUGUGUGUGUGUGUGUAUAUAUAUAUAUAUAUAUAUAUAUCGUUAAGUUUUUACGGCUGGAGGACUUCCUGGACAACCAGCGUCAUGGCAUGUGCCUUUACCUGGAACCGCAAGGAACACUAUUUGCUGAGGUUACAUUUUUUAACCCAGUUAUUGAGAGGCGACCUAAACUACAAAGGCAAAAGAAAAUCUUCUCCAAACAGCAAGGUAAAACGUUCCUGCGUGCCCCUCAGAUGAACAUUAACAUCGCCACCUGGGGCAGAUUGGUGAGAAGAGCCAUUCCGUCAGUCAAUACCUCAUUCAGUCCUCAGGCUGAUCUGGGCUCAGCAUUGAGCUCUGAAACAGUACCCAUCGGCCACCCAGACGCCCACUCCCUACCCAGCGACCCCACUGUGACCAAAUUAGACUUUGACAAACCAGUCACCCCUUCCUCAAAACGGCACUCCAUCGAGAUAGAGGAAAAUGUAUCACCAGAUAAGAUCGCAGAUGGAAAAGAGGUGCAGGAUGCCCUAGCGACCUUUGAAUUCCUGAACAACACAGUAGCUAAACCAGAUUAUGACAGUCUGGUUGAAAAUGAGCAGCCUGACCUAGAACUGACCGAAGUUCAACAAAAAACUGAAAUAAGGGAAGAAGAGGAAGUUCAAUUCAGUUUGACAGACUUCAAAUGUGUCGCUGUUCUGGGGCGUGGCCACUUUGGAAAGGUUUUACUUACGGAGUACAAGACCACUGGAGAAAUGUUUGCCAUUAAAGCUUUGAAGAAAGGUGACAUUGUUGCAAGGGAUGAAGUGGACAGCCUCAUGUGUGAGAAGAGGAUCUUUGAGACAGUGAACAGUGUUCGGCAUCCGUUCCUGGUGAACCUCUUCGCUUGUUUCCAGACCAAGGAGCAUGUGUGUUUCGUCAUGGAGUACGCAGCAGGAGGAGACCUGAUGAUGCACAUUCAUGCAGACGUGUUCUCUGAACUGCGCUCUGUUUUUUAUGCUGCUUGUGUAGUCUUGGGGCUGCAAUUUCUGCAUGACCAUAAAAUAGUAUACAGGGAUUUGAAGCUAGAUAACCUUUUGCUGGAUACUGAGGGAUAUGUCAAGAUUGCAGAUUUUGGUCUCUGCAAAGAAGGAAUGGGCUUCAGAGAUCGCACUAGUACGUUCUGUGGCACUCCUGAGUUCUUAGCACCAGAAGUUUUAACUGAGACGUCGUACACAAGAGCGGUGGACUGGUGGGGUCUGGGAGUUCUCAUCUUUGAGAUGUUGGUUGGAGAGUCCCCAUUCCCUGGUGAUGAUGAAGAGGAGGUGUUUGACAGUAUUGUUAAUGAUGAAGUUCGCUAUCCAAGGUUCCUCUCCACAGAAGCCAUUUCCAUAAUGAGAAGGUUGUUAAGGAGAAAUCCAGAGCGGCGCCUUGGCGCUGGGGAAGGAGAUGCAGAGGAAGUAAAGAGGCAUCCGUUUUUCAGAAAUAUGGAUUGGGCAGCACUGCUGGCAAAGAAGACCCGGCCUCCAUUUUUGCCGACUAUCAAAGGCCGUGAAGAUGUUAGUAACUUUGACGAUGAAUUCACCUCAGAGGCACCGAUAUUGACUCCACCUCGUGAGCCGAGGGUUCUGACAGUCAGCGAGCAGGAGAUGUUUGCAGACUUUGACUACAUAGCUGACUGGUGUUAACCCAGAUCCUCAUGAACCCUGUUCAAACAUGCUCAACACUGAACCAACCGAACAACUCCCUCUCUGUAGGACACAUUGGAAAAGAAACUGCUUUCCGUCUAUGCUCUUAUUGUGCCAUUUAAGGGAUUGGCAAUAACCUGUUUUAAGAAACAAGAAUGAAGUGGUUGAGUCUUGGUAGCCCAAUGUGGCAUCUUUUUAUUGUCGGAGCACUGGGACAUUGAUUGGUGACCAUUAAAAACUUGAGGAUUCAACAGGAUCAACUGCAGCUUCCCUCUCCAUUUUCCACACAUUUUCUCUGCGUUUAAAAGCUAAAACGUGCCUACUAUCUUCAGAUUUGGGGGUUUUCGACACACAACUGAAGAACUGAACCCGACCAAGACAUAAAAUUACAAAUUCUUCACUCCAUAAUAGGAGCAUCUGACAAGACGAGCAAGCUCAAGGGGAGUUCUCUUGAAUUAUUUUCUUGUAUUCCCUUUAAUGCCUUAAAUUAUUUACAGGGCUUCCAAACAAUAACUAUCAGGUACAGAAAACCUACCAAAGCAUUCCUGCCAAAUGUUGUUCUACCCAUUUUAUUGGAUUAAAAAAAGAUCUUGGCCAAGAGCACAGAUAAAUGAACUUGAAUUUCAUCAAGGCAAAAUGAGAGAAAGCUGCGAUUUAAUUGAUCUUUUGAGAAUUUCAUCUUUAUAAAAGUAUCCUUGUACUCUAAUCAUCAAAGGAAAUGUAAGUUAUAGUUUUAUACUGUAUUUUUAGAAUAUUAGCCAUUUGGAUCUGCUGUAUGUUAUGACAAUGGUUGUACACAUAUAUAUGAAUGGUAAGAUUAUCAUUUUGGAGGGCAGCUCACAGUUGAGAGCAAUUCUGAAAUUCUCAAAUGGAAUGUAAAAAUGUAUAUUCAUGAAAACAAACAAACAAAAAAAGUAUAUUUUUUGGCAUGUGGUCAUGCCAAAGCUGGCUGUAUGUUUUAUUAGUUGACCUUUUUAAAGGAUAUUUGUAGUCUGUUUCAGAUCUUUGUAAUUUUGCAACGAUUUCUCACAAUUUAGCCAUUUCGUGGUUGCGUAUGUCAACAUUAAACCACCUUUAAUAGAAA